AUGAAUCAUUCAAUAGCAAAUCCACAACUAGAUACAAUGCAACAACAGCAACAACAACAAUCGGCGUCUUUUGAUGAAGAAAAUGAAUUUGAUAAUUUAUUAGAUAUUUUUUCAUCAGAUAUGGAUUUUGAACAAGCUUAUUCAAUGUAUAAUAAUUUACAACAAUCUAAAAUUAUUGGAUCAUUUGAAGAAUUAAAUAAAUUUCAACAAUUAAAUUCUCAAUAUAUUACUAAUAUAUCAUCAAAUCAACAACAACAACAACAAUCAAAUUCUAUAUCCUCAACAAAUAGUCAACAACCACUUCAACAAUUACCGGUACAACAAUUACCUUCACAACAACAACAUAAUCUUUCAAGACCAGAUGAGUUUGCUCAUUCAAGACAACAAAUACUAAAUGGUCCAUCACAAUAUAGUCAACAGCUCCAACAAAAUCAACAAAAUCAACAAAAUCAACAACAACUACCAGCUCAACAAGAACAACAACAACCACAAGAGGAAGAACAAGAUGAUGAAUAUGAUCAAUUUUUCACAAAUACAGAAUCAGACGCAUUAGAAAGAUUUUUAGAUAACUUAGCAAAUCCAAAUUCAUCAGCUGAUCCUCUACAAUUUUAUAAAUCAAAUUCUCCAAAUAAUUAUAAUAAUCAUCAUAUUCAACCUCAUAAAGAUCUUGAUUUAGAUUUUAAUUUUGAAAUGCAUACUAUGAAAGUACCUCAACAUCUUCAACCACAACAUCAACAACAACAACAGCAACAACCAAAACAAGUACAUUCGCCACCUUAUGAACAACAUAAAAUGACCACCACUUCAAAUUCUCAUAUGAAUAAUAAUAUAACUCAACAACCUUCACCUCCUCAUUCAUUCCAUCGUCAACAAUUACCAUUACCUCCACAACAACCAACUUUGAAUAACCCAUUUUUACAAAAUUCAAAUAUUUCACAAGAUCAAAUUUCACUUAAAAGAGAAUUAGCUGAAGCUUUUGCACCAACUGAAAUUAUAAAACCAUCACCACAACCACAACCAUCAGCAACAACAACUAAAUCACCAAAACAAAAUAAAAAAUCAACAUCACCUAAAACUACUACAAAAGUUAAGUUAGAAACAACUGAUAAUCAAUCUCAAUUAAUUACACCACCUAUAUCGGGAGAUGAAUCUAAAAGAAGACCAAUUGAUGAUGAAAUGGAUGAAGAUGAAAUGAGUUCAUCAGAAGAGGAUAAUUCAUUAACUUUAGUUAAUUCGAAUAGUUCAUUAGAUCAACCACAAUUGAAAAAAAGGAGAAGAUCAUCAAAUAAACCAUUAUUAACAUUAGCACAAAAAAGAUUAAAUCAUUCAGCAUCAGAACAAAAAAGAAGAAUGGCAUGUAAAUCAGCAUAUAAUAGAUGUCUUAAUUUAAUAAUUAAUUUGAAAGCUUUUAAUGAAUUACCAGAACAAGAAAUUGAAAGGAAAAGUAAAAGAGCAUUAAAAACAAAAGAAGGUUUACCUAAUUUAUCAAAACAUUCUGCAUUAGUUAGAAUUAGUAAUGAAAUGAUUUUAAUUAAAGAUUUAAAUGAAAAAUUAAGAAAUUUAUUAAAUUAG